GAAUGUGAUCACGUCGUUUAUCCUUACACACCUUGGUAUAUGUCACACAUUUAUGUUCUACAUAUCGCACAUGAUAUAAUGGCGCAAAGAUACAACGUUUCCAUGCUGCGGCGCGUCGUAUCGCAAUCGAAUUAUGCUAACGUUUCCAAGGCGCGGCUACCCUGUUCCAUAAGGCGCUUCUCUUUUAUACGUAACCUUUUUGACAGAGAAAGUGACCCUAAUCCCGAACCUUUGGAUUUGAAGCCAGCUUCUGUUUCGCUAUAUGAAAAGGAAUCAAUCCUUCAAACAUUUCAGACUAAUCUGGACUCCCUUCUGGAUGAUGAUGCAACGACGAUUAAUGACUAUGUCGAUUUCAUUACAAAAGUGAAACAUCCACCGGCAGCGACUCCGCCAACUCUUAAGCACCAUACUACUGCUAGAUUGAUAAACUUAAUGGAUGCUCUUGUAUAUCUACGAUGUAUGAAGUACGUGGAUACAUACGCCAGAUUAUUAGACAUUGUGGCUGCCGAGCUUUCGUCACGUAAAUUUGAUUUCGAUUCCACUGACAAUAUCAAUUUAAUAAUCCACUGCAUAUCUUGCAUUGCCGCGCUCAGGAAACCUUCCAAGGAAAUCGGUAUAUUAUCGCAACAUAUAAAUCAGGAGUUCAGAAAACAUGGAGGCCAAGUACUUAAAAGUGGUAUGUUAAUCGAACUUCUGAAUGCGUUCGGUCAUGUAACGCACCCAUCAAUGAUAGAUUUCUUGGUUCAUACCUGUACGGUACGUCUGAAGGAUAUUUUACCCUCAGAUCUAAUCCACGUACCCACUGUGCUCAUGAAAUAUAAAAUACAAAAUGAGAUCGUAGUCUCCGCGGUUAUCCAAUAUGUGGUAGACAACUGUAUUGUAUUAAUGGAUAAGUCACAACUACGUCGCUUUAUCAUUAAUGUCACACAAAUGGAGUACCUGAAGAAUUCUGAUGGCAUGAUAACUCAACGCGCAGACGAGCUCCUGAGCUCUAGUUUUCGAAAGGCUUCAGAAAGAUAUAAAAUCGAUGAUAUGCUUCAUAUACUGGGAUCUAUGCCUGAACACAAUCAUAUACCGCCAUAUAGUAGACAGUCAUUGUCCAACCUGGUUAAUACGCUUAUGUGUCGUGUAGGUAUUACAUCGGAUAUAAAUGAAACAUCUAAUGCCUUAAAGAUGAUGACAAACGGUAUGAUCAUCACUAUAGUGGAAUGUAUAGCAAGGCUGUGCCCAUAUAUGUUCGAUAUAAAACAGGAUGCAGUAGCCCUUAUGGACUAUAUAACAUCAGGUGGCAAAGUCGACAAUUUUGGGCCUUCCAAGCUGGAUACACUUCUUGAAAUGUUGGGGAUUGAAUUGUGUCACAGAAUAAAUAUAGAUUCAGAACCACCAGUUUGGAAGCACGUAAACACUCCUGGAGGAAACGACAGGGUUACCGUCAGUGAUAUCAGCACCAUAGUCGCAAUAUUGAACAAAAUGGCAUAUGCCAAUGAAACAUCAAGCCUUAAAAAUGUAGCUAAAGAACUGCAAAAUAUUUUGGAACGCUGUUUACAAUUUGCCAUAGUGGAUAAUGAGGACAGUUUGUUCAAUCUGGUACAGCGAAUAUAUUGGAACCCAGGAUUACACAGUAAUAUGGCUAAACAUGCCUUCAAAUUAGUGCUAAGCCUUAAGACUAGUAGCAUGACACCAAAGCUGUCAAAAAUAACGGCUCUAUUAGUGAGGGAUAUUGUCGUAGCCAAGGAAAUAAGUGAUACACAACCAAUUAACAUUGAGGAAGUGUUGAAUCAUCUUCUGGAAGCUGUUAACAUUGAUAACUUAUCGGAUAAAGCACUAAGGAAUGCAAGUGAAUUCCUUUCACUCUUGUAUAUAACCGCAUGUACAUAUCGCACAAAAACGGGGAAGGGGUUAACUCACGGCCUAAUACCGAAGAUGCAACAGUUACUGAUGAAGUUGCCUGCGGAUAAUAAUGGCAUAUUAAACCACAGAUGUUUGCAAAGUGUACUAGAAUUAGACAGCAGUGAUCCCGUAUAUCAACAUGUGUCCUCCCUGGUUAAUGAAUGGAAAGAUUCCUUAUCAGACGGCAACAAAUGCAAGUUGUGCUUACACGAUGUGCUGAAUUAUGUUAUCGAAAGGUACUAUCGCAUCUCACAACAGGAAACCACCCAGGAUAAUAUACAUGAACUGUCUACGCUAACUAAAUCCGUUGUAGAUGAACUGGGACGUCUUGAACUAUAUAUCGAAAACCAUAUACCUAUUAGAGAUAACACGAUGGAACAUAAUGUUUGGGAGUCGCAAGAAGGGCUCACUGCAUUAUUCAGACCGCCAAGGGAAAAUAAAGAUAUAUAUCUACCCAGGCAUGAUAACACCUUGCAGAGAUAUUUCCCCGUAAAGAAACAGAUCGGAAUAAAGAAAGUAGGCACACCUACAACUAUGUAUAGCAUUAAAAAGAUGUUACAUAGGCAACUGAUGCGUACAACGCAAUUGGAAUUACAAUUGGCACGAGAGGAUAAAAGAAGAUCCACUUCACAUGAGCACAUACGUGAAUGUGUAGCAAACAUAUACGCCGCCAUUAACAAAGCUUUCUUGACAGUGGCUAUGUACGAGCCGAUAUGGCCUGAUAGUUACCUGCCCAGGACACAUACGGAGCGACUUGUUAAGUCAGCAUUGAAGCGAUUCAACGGAGUUUAAUAUCGAGUAGUACGACUAUUUUACACAUAUACACGUAUAUAUU